AUGAUAUCAAAACAGAAAUAUAAAAUACUUCUAAUUCUAAUAUUCUGUAUUAUAGGAUUGCAUUUAAUUUCAAAACAUAGAUCUACAACAAAUGAUUUACAAUCUAUUCUAGAUCAAUCAUUAUCUUCAACUUCAAAACAAUCAAAUAUAAAACAUAAUAGACCAGCACCUGGAAAUCGAUUAGAUAACCCUCCAAAUGAAAUAAUACCAAAUGCAGAACCUCCAGAACAAAAUAUAAUUAAACCACAAUCAAAUGAAAAAACAACAACUAAAGACAAAAGAAUAAAAGAUUAUACAAUAUUUUUUGAAGAUCUUGAAAACUUUGCAAUUCAUCAACCAUCAUUAAAGAAGAAUUACAAGACUGAAAAAGCAAAAGAAUUGUUUAGUUAUAAUGAAAAUUUCCCAUUCACGAAAGAAUAUCUCGAAAACAUUUUAAAUUUACCUGAUGAAACUGUUAAAGAUUUGAAAAAAAGCCAUACUAAAUAUGUAAAUGAACAAAUUCCAAAAUUGGUUAAUAAAAUUGGACUCAAGACAUUUGGAAAUUAUUUACCUUCUGAUCCUGAAUGGGAUGAAUAUCAACAAUCAUCUGGUUAUGUUUUAGUUGGUGGUGGUAGAUUUUCAUGGUUAUCAUAUUUAGUUAUACAACAACUAAGAGCAACUGGUUCAAAAUUACCGAUUGAAUUAUUUAUAGCCACUGAAUCAGAUUAUGAAUCUGAAUUUUGUGAAAAAGUAAUACCUAAAUUUAAUGCAAGAUGUAAUUUAUUCAAUAUAGAAUUAGCAAAAAACCUUGCCGAUAGAUUUAAUGUUGGUGGUUAUCAAUAUAAAAUGUUGGCUAUAUUAAGUUCAAAAUUUAAUAAUCUAUUAUAUUUAGAUUCUGAUAAUUUCCCAGCUAGAAAUCCUGAUUAUUUAUUUGAAUCAGAAUUGUAUAAACAUAAUCAAUUAAUAUUAUGGCCUGAUGCAUGGGCUAGAACUACAAAUCCAAAAUAUUAUGAAAUUGCUGGUUUACAGGUUAAUGAGAAGAAGAUUAGGUAUUCCAACUUUGAUGGACAUCAAGAAGGUGGUAGAAAACCAUUGGAAGAAUAUACUUUUAAAAAUUCUUGGUUUCAUGAUUUUGAAGGAACAUUACCUGAUCCUACUUCUGAGACAGGUAUGUUGAUAGUUAACAAAACAAGUCAUUUAAAAACUUUAUUAUUAUGUUUAUAUUAUAAUGUCUUUGGUCCUGAUUUUUAUUAUCCUUUAAUGACUCAAGGAUCAGCUGGUGAAGGUGAUAAAGAAACAUUUAUAGCUGCUGCAACAGUAAUGAAGGAAUCAUACCAUCAAACUAAAAAACAAUUUCAUUGGUGUGGAUAUCAUUCAAAAGCAGAAGGUAAAUUUGUUUCAAAAGCAUUAGCGCAUUAUGAUCCUAUUAAAGCAGAUAAAGGUGAAGAUUCAGAUUUCUUAUUUAUGCAUUUAUCUUAUCCUAAAUUUUAUCCAAAUUGGUUAGUUGAAAAUUAUGAUUUAAUAUAUCCAAAUUCAGAUGAACAUAUUAGAAUGUAUUCAUCAAUUAAUGAUAAUAUAGGUUAUGACUUUGAUUUAAGAGUAUUGGGUUAUUUCACACAGGGAAUAUGUCCAAAUUAUUAUGGAACUGAUGGGAAAUCAUUAUAUGGAGAAGAUCAAUUAAAUUUGGAUUCAAAUUAUAUGGGUAAUUAUUUAUGGUAUGUUAAAGCUGAAGAAUCAAAUAAUUUAGAAAGAUGUAAUGAAGUAUUUAUACCACAUUUAAAAUGGUUAAAAGAAACAAAUAAAUUUAAUAAUGAUAAUAAUUAUGAUAAUUAA